UUGGGUUCGAGAUAUGUAGCCCACUGGAAAGAUAUUCCAAAGAAUAUGACGACGUCGUUUCUGUGGGGCUCACUCUCCCAAAUCACUUUUGCAUGUGCAAAUCUUCAUCAUCUAUUCAUCUCCCGCUGUCUUUCUCUCGCAGUAAUGUCCAGUUCAGCUUCAGCUAAGCCACAUUCAAAAUUUUGAUACCCACGUUCAACCACUUCUUCUCUAUUCACUUCUCUUUCUCUGUUUCUUUUCCUUCAUAUAACAUCAAGAUUACACUCCAAGAACGAUGAAACAAUCCUACACCCGGUAGACACUAUGCACUGGUAAUUUUUUAGCUUCCAGUUUUGAUCUGCAGCCCUCUUUCUCAAUGGCCUCAUCAAGUAAUCUGCUUGACUAUGCUUUGUUUCAACUCACUCCUACUCGAACCAGAUUUGAUCUUGUUCUGUUCUAUGGAGGCAAGACUGAGAAACUGGCUUCUGGUUUAUUUGAACCUUUCAUUUCCCACCUCAAAUUUGCUAAAGAUCAGAUUUCCAGAGGUGGGUACUCCAUCAAACUCUGCCCACCCACCGCCAAUGCUCCUUGGUUCACCCAAGCUACUUUUGAGAGAUUUGUGCGUUUUGUUAGCACUCCAGCAGUGCUUGAGAGAUUUGUCAGUCUAGAAAAAGAAAUCUUGCAGAUUGAGAGUUCAGCUCAAGCCAAUGAAUUGUCAAACGCUGAUGUGAAUGGAAAAUUGGAGGAAGGUAGUGGGCUAGCUGCCAAUUCUAACAGAAGGAAGUCAAUUGACCCCUCCAAGGUAAAAGGGGAACAUGAGAGACACAAUGAAACUUCACCAGAAGAAAACUCCAAGAUUCAGCUCCAACGGCUUCUUGAAACUCGGAAAACAUUGCUUCGCAAAGAGCAAGCUAUGGCUUAUGCCCGUGGACUUGUUGCUGGAUUUGAAGUGCAUAAUAUAGAUGAUCUCAUUUCCUUUGCAGAUGCAUUUGGAGCCUCACGGUUAAGGGAAGCAUGCAUUAAUUUCAAGGAAUUAUGUAAAAAAAAGCGUGAGGAUGGUCUUUGGAUGGAGGAAUUAGCAGCAAUGGAAGCAUGUCCACCAUCGGAAUUGUCAUUUUUGGGAAGUUCAGGAAUAAUACUUAAUAAUGAUGCUGGCAGCCUUAAUCCAAAUAUUGUACUAACUUUCCCCAAAGGUGAUGUUAUGCAAAAUGGAUCCACAGAUGCAUCAAGGUCUGAUUCAACUGCCAGUCAUGCAAGUUUUGACAGCAAAAAGGAUGAUAACUUGGCAACAUCAGAUCAGAUGACAUCAACUACCAACAAAGUUCAUGUGCCAACGCCGUGGUCAAAUCAGAUACCUCAGUAUAUUUAUAAUUUCCAGAACCCUCAACAACUUCCUCCAUACCAAGGAUAUCCAUUCCCUAUGCAGCCUAUCCCUCCUCAUUAUGCAAUGGCCAUGCAGUGGCCUCCCAGUCUGAAAGAAUCUGCUCUGGUAAAAAAGGAGAAAUUUCUGAACAAAAAUGGGCUUGAACAUUCAGGAGAAGAUGGAGAAACCGAGUCCAGCGACUCUGAGGUACAGAGUGAUUCAGAUUCAUAUAUGCAGCAAAACAAAAGGAACUCUUCUACAGAUUCUUCCCACAGGAAAAAGCAUAGGAAGAAGUCCUCUAAGACAGUUGUUAUCCGUAAUAUUAACUACAUUACUCCAAAGAGAAGAAGUGGAGAAAAAGCCAGUGUCUCUGAUGAGUCUUCUUAUGAUGAGGAUGAUUUCACUGAUGAAGAUUCCCUCCAGCAAAAGGUACAUGAUGCAAUUGGAUCAUUGGAUAAAUUGCACAAGUCAAAGUCAAGUAAUCAUGGGAAAAAAGGUUCAGUCAAGAGUAACCACACUUCCAAUGGGUCACAUGAUGCUGGUCUCCAAGAUUUUGGUGAUGGUGUUAUUUCAAAUCCUUCAGAGGGAGGAAAGAAAAAUGAGAACUGGGAUGCUUUCCAGAACCUCCUGAUGAGAGAUGAGGAGGAAAAUGUUAGUGAAGUAGGUAAAUUGCAUCCAAUGGAUGUUCCGGACGAGCAUUUUAUUGUCAAAAGCUUAGGUAACGGAAUUACAUUGGCGAACAACCGCGCUAUGGACUUGGAAUUGGAGAAAGUACCAAAGCAACGGAUGGCUGCAGGUGAUUCCUUUGUUGUGACUCAAAGGGAUGGGGUAUCUGAAAAUAAAGAUAGGAUGGAAGAUAUUGAAAGUGCAGAGAAUCUUAGAUCAGUCAUGAAGAGAAGGGAUUCCACAGAUGCAGAUCUGGUAAUUCCACAGAGAGUGGAAGAAUCUGGAGGUAGACUCGGGGUUAUCCUGUCUGCAACCGAGUCAUCCACGAUUAAGCCUAGAAACAGAGAAGAUUGGUUUGUCAUCAGCCACUCAGGGAAACCAGAAAACGAGAAUUCAAUUGAUGACAUUAUCUUCAAUGGUGAUCAAAAGUCAUCAUCAGAUGGUGAUUAUUUGAAUUUUGAAAACGGUAGAAAGAAUGUAGCUGUUGAUGAUUCUUUCAUGAUACAUGUUCGACCAGCAGUCGAUGAUCUGUGUGACUCUCCUUGGAAAACUGACAUCAGCAUGGCUGCAGAUAUUAAUUUAUCAUCCCAGUCAGAAAAUGGCACUGUAAAAGAAAACCACGAAGUAUUGGGUGGUUAUGAACCAAAUGAUCUAUGUGUGGUACUUGAACGUGAUUCUGGAUUAGAAUCAGCAAGGGAAUCCUGGACUUCAGACCAUGGAAUUGACAUAUCAUUCAUGGAAACUGAAACAAGGAGCUCAAGUGUUGAAACUACUAAUCAUGCUGCUAAGAAGCUUCCUUCAAAUUGCGAAAACCCUACAGUGAAGAAAAAGGAAAGUAGCGGAAGAAAAGUUCCAGGCAAAGAAGUUAGGCCUAGAGUUUCAUCUGGAUCCCCUGGAAAUAACAAAACUGGCAUAGCAUCCAAGAGCAAGAAACCGUCGCUUCCAAGCAGGCCUAUAGUGCAGAAGAGCAAGCUGGAGAAGGAAGAAGAAAUUCGGAAGAAGAUGGAAGAAUCAUUGAUUCAACGCCAGAAAAGAAUUGCAGAAAGAACUGCAGCUAGUGGUGUUACUCCAGCAUCAACCAAGAAAAACCCCAUCAGAAAGUAAACAAAUGAAAGGCUCCAUUAAGUUAAAUCGGAGUAAAACCCGUUCAUGACACGAGACACGAACAGCUUAAGAAAAUAUCAGAAGGUAAGUGAAGUUGUGAAAAAUGUGCAGAUCAUAAUUUCUUGAUGUCUUAAAGGUUAUUUUGGCAAUCCGAGGUCGAUGGAAAGGGCUAUACACCAGCUAUCCUGGAGACCGAAUCCUCAGUAUUAUUCAACAGCAUCUUCAACAUCUCCACAGAAUUAUAAAUCUAGUAGCUUAUAUGUAUAGUUUUCACUUCUUCACAUUCUUUCAUACUAUUGUAGCUAAGUAGAGUGAAUCCUGAAGGCGUCUCGAAAACAAUAACCCAUCUGUUUAGUCCCUUGUUCCCUGGACCUGGCUGGUUUGUUCUUUAAAACUGUGUAGAAAACUUCAUUGUUGCUGUAUACGUUUCAUGAUUGUUUAUAGUCGUUUAUAUUUCUAUGUAGUUAAUGCCAAAUUGGUAUUGAGUUUCA